AAUUACAGGUGCAGUAGUGCAGUGCAGCAGGACAGCUGUUGAUGUUGUUGUUGUGAUAGCUCAGUUAUGAAAAAUUCUCCUAUCCUUUCUUGCAUGCAAAUUUCAACGAACGAAUGACAACAAAUAAACGAGCAGCUCCAGAAUUCUUAUUUUUGCUGCGCCAAUGCCGGCUUUGGUGGCUAGAGGAGGAAGUUUUGAGGUUAACGGCUCUGUUUUGUAAACUAAAUAUACCGAAAAGAAAAGCUUUCAAAUAUGGAGGAAAUCAAUGAAAUAGCGAAUGACGUGAUGGAGGAGGCCAAUGCCGACGAAAGCGAAAGCCAGCAUUCAACUGAUGAUUACGAUGAGUUGGAAAAAUCUUCCUGUCAGGGGAAGUAUCAUAAACAGUCCUACAGAAAGGCUUGGGAAAGUUUGCCUGACUUCAAAGGUUGGCUUCAAGGUGUGGUUGGUCAGAAAAACCGAGCAUUUUGCUCAUACUGUCAAGUGACAUUAUUUGCCCAUCGACUCAGUCUCCUUAAACAUACCUGUACAAUAAAACAUCAGAGAGCCUCUCAGAAAGCUUUGUUGAAAAGGAAUGGAUUAAUGAAUGACAAUGCCGAAGUCUCCAUUGUCCCCUGCACUUCUCAAUCGACCAUGCAGCACAUUUCUCCCGACAAACUUAAUAUUCGUCCUGCCAAAAUCCAGCCAAAUAUCUCUGGUAACAUGACAGUUACAAUUAUUCAGCAUGAAUCUGAUGAUCAUUUGGGAUUGCAGCUUGCACAAAAUAUGUCUGAGUCAGACAACGGUGCAUUGAUAACGGAUGACGAUGACCUUGGCUUGAAUACAGUCUCUUCUGUAGGUCUUGAAGUGGAAGAAGUAAUGGAGGGUCAAAUAGAUGCCUCUCCCUCAAAGUCAAUGAACAUGGCUCAUUCUUCAGCCUUUCCUUUGUCAACACAUGUUUUGGAUACUUCGAAAGGUCAACCAGUAGCUCAACUGCCAGUAAGCCUCUACAGGCUCAUUGAUAGCCGAUGGACCCUUAUUAAUGAAAGCGUUACAAAUCAAGAUGGACGGUGCAGUAGCCUCAUACAGAAGCAAGAAUUUGUAGCUGGACGUUACAAACUGCAUUUUGACACUGAUCGCUACUUUGAGUUAGAACGCAAAGAAACUCUGUACCCAUUUGUUGAGAUAGCAUUUGAUGUUCAUGCUCCACUUGAUCAUUAUCACAUUCCUCUCCUACUUUCUGCCUUUGGAUAUUCAACUUACAGAGGUAGUUAAACUUUUGCCUAUAAAGUAACUUGUAAUAAAAACAAAGUAUGUAUCUGCAACAGAUGAAGUCACAAUGUUGUAUUUGUAAAAAAUAUGUGGAAUAAAAAUCUAGUACGUCACAA